AUAUCCAUAUUCCUACCAAUUUAUGCAAUUAUGGAGAAAGCUUUCACCUCUUUUCUCUUGUUGCUUCAGUACUAUAUUAUAAGUAGUUCAGCCAUGACCCAAUUUAACAUCUCCACUGAUCAAUUAGCUCUUCUUUCCCUGAAAUCUAAAAUCAUUUCGGACCCCUUUCACUUCUUGGCAGUGGCGGAUCUACAUAGGGUCUAGGCGAUUCAUCCGAACCCCCUUCUCAGAAAAUUAUACUAUUUUUAUAUGGUAAAUUUUUUUUUUUUUAUUUAUAAAUAGUAGAGGUUGAACUCCCUUCGACUAGUCCGUAUAUGUACUACUGAAUCCCCUCACUGAAAAUCCUGGAUCAGCCCCUGCUUCUUGGAUGAAAGUUGGUCUCCAGCUACGUCUGUUUGUCAUCGGGUCGGAGUCACUUGUGGCUCUUGUCACUAGCGAGUGAAGUCCUUGAAUCUUUCUAAUAUGGCUCUUAUUGGCAGAAUUCCACAAGAUCUUGGAAACCUCUCAUUUCUUGCUUCUCUUGACUUGGGAAGCAACAACUUCCAUGGAAAUUUGCCUCAAGAAAUGGCACGCUUGCGUCGGAUUAAGUUUCUUGAUUUAAGUUUCAACAACUUUAGAGGGGAGGUUCCUUCUUGAUUUGGGUUCCUACACCAACUUCAAUUUCUAAGCCUUAAGAAUAAUAGUUUUUAAUAGUUUUUCCGGCCCCCUUCCCUCAACAUUUUUUAACAUUUCAAAGCUUGAAAUGUUGAAUUUGGCAUUCAAUUCCGUAGAAGGUCAUAUCCCGGUGUCUCUCUCGAAUGUCUCAAGGUUGGAGAGGUAAGAAUUAUCUGGCAAUUUACUUCAAGGAAACAUUCCACCCGAAAUUGGCAAUCUUCACAACCUGAACUGGUUGGCCAUACAAUAUAAGCAUCUUACUAGUUCUAUACCAUUAACAGUUUUCAAUAUUUCUGGAAUCGAAGUCAUUUCAUAUACUGGCAAUGGCAAUAGCUUAUCAGGAAGUCUUCCCAAUGGUUUAUGCAGUGGUCUUCGGAAUAUCAAAGGUCUUUAUCUAUCAAUAAACAAGCUUCAUGGUCAUAUUCCCAUUAGCUUGUCAAAUUGUUCACAACUUCAACUAUUAGGUUUAUCGGAAAAUGAGUUUGAUGGACCAAUACAUAGUGAAAUUGGAAGAUUGAGUAACUUGCAGCAAUUGUAUCUCGGAACUAACCAUUUCACAGGGAUAAUUCCACACGAAAUUGGAAAUCUUGUUAAUUUGAUGGAGUUGUGGAUGGAGGUAAACCAGAUAACCGGCUCAGUCAAAAUCUCCAUAUUCAAUAUCUCGGUGCUGCAAAUUUUGUCACUGGUGAGGAACAAUCUUAAUGGACUCUUACCACUAGAGAUUGGCAACUUAACCAGGAUGCAAUUUUUAUAUCUUGAACAAAAUAGGUUUUCCGGUGAGUAAUCAAAGUGAUAGCAAGAAAUACAACUUAUGCUAGAUAACACACUAGUAUUCCUUUUUGUCCUUGUAUUGGCAGGAGAAAUACCCAAAGAGAUGAGCAAUCUCAUUGAGUUGGAGUAACUUCUGCUUGAUCUUAAUGAUAUUAGUGGUUCACUUAUAUAGGAGAUCUUCAACAUAUCAGGGCUAAGAAUACUUGAUCUUUCAUUCAACAAUCUAUCAGGAAGCCUCCCACCAAAAAUAGGUUCGCUCUUACCCAACAUUGAAGAGAUUUAUAUGUCAUUCGACAAUCUUGUUGGAACUAUUCCUCAUUCUAUCUCCAAUUGUUCAAAACUUACUGGCUUGACUCCUAGCUCUCUUGGAUAUUUGACUCAUCUACGGUUCCUAAACAUGAGAGAAAACAAUUUAACCAGUGACUCUUCGUUAAGCUUCCUUACUUCCUUACCCAAUUGCAAAAAUUUAACAACUCUAUCUCUAUAUUUCGACCCUCUAAACAGCAUGCUUCCAGUUUCUGUAGGGAACUUUUCCACAUCUCUUAUAAAAUUUUACGCCAAUAGUUGCAAGAUCAAAGGGCGAAUUCCAAAUGAUUUUGGGAACUUAAGCAGCUUAUUAGACCUUGAUCUUUCUGAGAACAGCUUGGCUGGAUCGAUUCCCAUGACAAUUGGCAACUUGAGAAACAUUCAGCGCUUCAACUUGAGUAGCAACAAACUUACAGGAUUUAUUGGAGAUCGUAUAUGUAAAUUGCAGCAUUUGGGUGAAAUUUACUUGGGUCAAAAUCAGCUUUCAGGAUCUCUUCCUAAUUGCUUAGGGAAUAUUACUUCCCUUAGGGAGAUACAUCUGGGUUCCAAUAAAUUGAGUUCCAAUAUACCACCAAGCUUAGGGAACCUUCAGGAUCUAGUGGUUCUUGAGUUAUCAUCAAACAACAUGGUAGGUUCUUUGCCUCUAGAAAUUGGAAAUCUAAAGGUUGCGACACUGAUAGAUCUGUCGAUGAAUCAAUUCUCAAAUGGCAUACCAAGAGAAAUUGGAGGAUUGCGAACUCUGGUGCACCUUUCUUUGAGACACAACAAGUUGCAAGGAUCUAUACCUAACUCAAUGAGCAACAUGGUAGGUUUGGAAUUCCUAGACCUUUCUCAUAAUAACAUAUCUGUAAUCAUCCCCAUGUCUUUGGAAAAACUUCAAAACCUGAAGUAUUUCAAUGUUUCUAUCAACAAAUUGUAUGGUGAAAUACCCUCUGGGGGUCCUUUCGAGAACUUCUCGAGUAAGUUUUUCAUCUACAAUGAAGCACUCUGUGGUUCUUCCAGAUUUAGUGUCCCACCAUGCCCAACUUCAUCAAAGCACAAAUCAAAUAUGAAAAAAUUGCUAGUUCUGUAUCUUUUUCUAGGACUUGCAAUUUUAUUUGUUCCUAUCAUAUUUGUGUUUGUAUGGAUAAGGUAUAGAAGAGGCAAAAGAGCUCCUCAACAAGCAGAUUCAUUGUCUACCAUAACACGAGAAAGAAUUUCAUACUAUGAACUGCUCCAAGGAACAGAUGACCUUAGUGAUAGUAAUCUGAUUGGUUCUGGAAGUUUUGGCUCUGUUUACAACGGCAUUCUCAGAUGUGGAACUGCCAUUGCAGUUAAAGUGUUCAAUUUGCAACUGGAUGCGGCAUUCAAGAGUUUUGAUACAGAAUGUGAAGUUUUGCGUAGCCUUCACCAUAAGAAUCUCGUAAAAGUCAUUACUAGUUGUUCGAACCUUGAUUUUAAGGCUUUAGUGCUCGAGUAUAUGCCAAAUGGAAGGCUUGAAAAGUAUUUGUAUUCACACAACUACUUUCUCGACAUCAGGCAGAGACUAAGCAUAAUGAUAGAUGUUGCAUGUGCAUUGGAAUAUCUCCAUCACGGGUGUUCGUCGGCUGUGAUUCACUGUGACGUUGAGCCUAGUAACGUCUUGCUGGAUGAGGAUAUGGUUGCCCACCUAUGCGACUUUGGCAUUUCAAAACUGCUUGGUGAAGAUCACGGUGAUUUGUACACUAAAACCUUAGCAACAUUGGGGUAUAUAGCGCCAGAGUAUGGACUGGAAGGACUAGUGUCAACAAAGUGUGACGUCUAUAGUUAUGGGGUCAUGUUGCUGGAAACGUUUACUAGGAGAAAGCCUAAUGAGUUUGAAGGAGAUCUUCGCUUGACGCAAUGGGUGAGUUAUUCACUUCCAGAUGCAGUAAUGGACGUCGUGGAUGCCAACUUGGCAACAGCAACAGGUAAAAGCUUACAGAAGGAGCUAGAUGUUGUGGCAUUAAUCAUGAAAGCAGCAUUAGAUUGUUGUGCUGAAUCUCCGGCAAGAACGACUAACAUAAAAGAUGUUGAAGGGAUGCUACAGAAGAUCAAUAUUCAACUUCUUGCAUGCUAAGCAUGUUCUCGGAAUCACUGGUUCCAUAUUAUCUGGUUGUUGCAAAUGUUUCCUAAAUUGUUGGAUUUAUGUGAAGAUUGUUGUUUUUUAUUUUGUUAUUUUAGUACUUGGUUUGUGGAUGAUUCCUUUUGCAGAAAUGCUAGCUGGUUACUAUGAAUCUUACUGUUUCCUCUUUAAAUUGAAUAACUAAAAUGAAAUUAUUCCUCUUGAAAAUCUUGAAGCGGAAUGAAUU